AUGUCUGCAAAGAGCCGUACAGAGAGAUGGUACGAUGAGAACUCCGAUGUUGAAAACCGUCGUCUAGAUGAUGGGUGGUUAGAAUUCGAGGUCACGAAGCAUGUUAUCCAAUCUUGCGCCGAGAAGCUGGGACUCAAGAAAGGGAGGUUUUUGGAUGUGGGCGGAGGACCAGGGCGCUAUGCAAUCGAUCUCGCAAGAUCCGAACACACAGUCGUGCUAUCAGAUCUCUCAUCAGGGAACCUCGAACUAGCUCGCACAAAGGCCAAGGAAAGCGGCGUGGAGCUCGAUGGCUUCAUUCACGCCAAUGCGCUGGACAUUGCAUUGCAUCCGACGCUGUCGGCGUCCUGCUCCCGGUUCGAUAUCGUGCUUUGCUUAGGACCGAUGUACCAUCUUCCCUCCUAUGCUGACAGGACACAAGCUUUAGAGAAUUGCAUUGUGUUGGCAAAGCCCGGCGGCUACAUUCUGGCCGCGUUUGUGACCGUAUAUGCACAUCUGCGGGACGUUGCGCGCCGGGAGCCUGGGCGCCUGGCGAACGAGUGGGCGUUCUAUUCGCGCUACUUGGAGCAUGGGAAGUACGAGCGCAAUACGAACAUGGAUAUGUAUCAUAUGUAUCCGGAAAAUUUGGAUGAAGAUUUGAGAGGUGUGGAAGGAAAAGUAGAAGUUGAGAGGGUGGUGAGUUGUGAAGGGUUUCUGGGAUUUGGUGUGGCGAAGGAGCUGGCGAAGUUGACGGAUGGGGAACGCAGGACAUGGGUGGAUGUUGUGAUGAGGAGCGCUGAUAGAAUGGAGUGUAGGAACUCGGCAGAUCAUUUAUUAGUUGUUAUGAGGAAGAAGUGA